AUGGCGCUCACUCUUGAUAGCCUUCCGGAUGAAUUGGCGGGCCUCAUCAUCGACUUUCUGUCCAACGACUCAGAUGCUCUUUUCAAUGUGGCUGUGACAGCUUCGCGCUAUCAGGCCCUUGCCGAAUCAGUGCUGUGGCGACGCCUCUUUAUCCAGACAGGCCAGGGGUGCAAGCGCAUCUUGCAGGCUCUGAAAACCCGCCGCGAACGGGCGACUGCCAUCCACGAGAUCGAGCUUCGGGCUACACCUCGCGAGGAAAUAGGCUUGCAGAAAUUCCAUAAGAUACUUAGCCUUACCCACAACUUGCGGGACUUGAUCAUCGAGAGCCCGACAUGCAACCACCGGCAGUGGAGCAAAGAUGGGAAUUGGCCGAUCAUCAAGCAAGACAUUGAGGCUCUCCUGCUGCGCUCUGGCAGCAAUGUGCCCUCAACAGUUGGUGCCGCCCAGCCGCCUCUUCAGCUACUGAAACGCUUGACGAUACACAGCAACGGUGAAAAGACCCGAUACUGGAGUUCCAUGGCCAUCUUCCCUGGUCUCUUUCUGCACCCGUGUCUCGAAGAACUGACCAUAUCUUGCGUGAACUUCGAUCUCGGCUACGAGAACUUCCCUGCCUGCCAAAAAGUUACACCGUUGAAGCGCCUGACUUUGAUUGAGUGCAACGUCCACUCAAGAGCCCUGCUCGCAAUACUUUCUCUGCCCCGCGCGCUUGAGCACCUAUAUCUCGGAGAGAAUCGCGAUCAUCAAUGGGAACGGAGUCAUCUUCCAUGCAAUGACUUACUGUCAGACGACGAAGACGAAUUUUUUGAAGCAUUAACGCAGCAGGCAUGCUCGCUCAAGACGUUCGCAUAUCGGCCCAGAAAGCCAGAAAAGCUCACGGCGUUCUCCGGUAGGCAUUGUUUUAGUGCAAUGCAGGUUUUGGAAUCCGUCAGUAUCCAUGGCAAAUUAGGAACAAGCAAUACGCUGGACGCUUCCAUCCUGUCAACGAGCCCGAACCUCCAGACACUCGUGCUUGAGCUGGAUCUUGAUACGCAUUCAGAAAGAACAUUCGACUCGCUAGCAUGGGUGACAGAUGCGGAGUCCAUUUCGAAUUCGGUAUUCUCUCACCUGGCCAAAUGCGUCGCCACUUCCAGCACCCUCAGAAAUGUCCGUGUUGUGGUGUCCAGCUACCGACCACCCUCGGACUUCCACUCACCCCAUAUGAUUGCAGUCAUCGAUAGCUUCACACGGUCUGUGCGAACGAAAGACAUUCGUGUUACCAUACUUUACGAAGUUCGGCGCGGAUGGACUACGAUUCCUCCGUACUUAUACGACGAACGAGAGCCAGUGCAGCACGUCAUAUUCGAUUCCGCGGAUAGUGGAUGGACGGCUAAUAUAGAUGGCAUUGGUCACAUCUCUGAAGACGAGAGACGAUGGCUCGAAGCGGAGAGGCAGGAGGCGCUAGACACUGAGGACGUACUGAAUGAGCUUAACAACGAGCUCGAUGACCUGAACGAUCUCAUCGAGCUCGAUGAGUAA